AUGAUGACUAACAACGAAGUCAUCAGCACGCAAAAUCAUACGGAUGAGAAGAAAAAUCAUAUGAAAGACUGCAUAGUGCAAGACAAUAGAGACUUUCAUGGCCAUGGGCACGGUAUCGAGGGUGAAGAAAAGCAUUCCAAUGGAGAACUCAAUCAAUUGCCAGUCUUGCAGCGCAGGCUAAAAAGUCGUCACCUGCAGAUGAUCGCUAUCGGUGGCACAAUAGGAACUGGUCUUUUUAUUGGUAGCGGCAGUGCGAUUGCCUACGCCGGGCCUGUUGGUGCUCUCAUUGCCUAUAUCUUUGUCGGUUCGAUUGUAUAUUCAGUCAUGACAGCCUUAGGGGAGGUCGCAACAUACCUUCCAAUCUCUGGAGCAUUUGCAUCAUAUGCCACACGAUUGGUAGAUCCCAGUCUCGGUUUCGCAAUGGGCUGGAUAUACUGGUUUUCCUGGGCGUCGACAUUUGCACUUGAAUUAACAGCUACCGGCCUGAUUAUUCAAUUCUGGAAUGACACCAUCCCAAUCGCUAUAUUUAUUGCUAUUUUCUGGGUAGUAAUUAUUGCCCUGAAUAUGCUGCCCGUAAGCUUUUACGGAGAAGCAGAAUUUUGGCUGUCAAGCAUCAAGGUGCUUACUGUGAUUGGAUUUAUGAUCUUUGCUAUUUGCAUGAACGCAGGAGUUGGCAAAGAAGGCUAUAUUGGAUUUAGAUACUGGGUGGAUCCUGGUCCAUUCAAUAUUUAUCUGAUUAAGAACGACGAUUCCUUAGCCAAGUUUCUGGGGUUCUGGGCGGUUCUUAUUAAAGCAGGAUUUUCAUAUCAGGGAACUGAACUUGUUGGCAUCGCUGCUGGCGAAACAGAAAACCCAGGGAAGAACAUCCCCUCUGCAAUUCGAAAGUCUUUUUUUCGAAUUGUUUUCUUCUUCAUUUUGACGAUCUUCUUCAUUGGAAUUGUUAUUCCGUCUAACGACACGCGCCUUACUGCUAGCGAAGGUAGUGGUGCAAGUGCUAACAACGCAAAUGCAUCGCCUUUUGUGAUUGCUGCCAAGCGCGCCGGAGUUAAUGUGCUACCUAGCAUCAUUAAUGCUGUACUAUUGACGGUUGUGCUUUCUGCAGCAAACUCGAAUGUGUAUAGUGGCAGCCGUAUUCUGACAGGCCUUGCCUAUGAAGGAUUUGCCCCUAAGCUCUUUGUGAGGACAUCCAAAUAUGGUGUCCCUCAUUGGAGUGUCCUAUUUACAGCACUUUUCGGCCUUCUGGGAUUCCUGAAUGUGUCAAAUGCUGGGAGCACUGUUUUCAACUGGCUCCUUCAAAUCGCCGGCCUUGCAGGCUUUAUUACCUGGACAUCUCUUAAUAUUAUUCAUCUGGCCUUCAUGAAGGCUCUGAAGGCCCGUUGCAUUUCUCGUGACACCUUGCUUUAUAAAGCCACGUGGCAACCUUAUUUUUCAUGGUAUGGCUUGUUUUUCAACGUCUUGAUAAUUAUUACUCAAGGGUUUACUGCCUUUGUGCCACACUUUAGUGUAACAAAUUUCUUCAUUAAUUAUCUUAGCCUCAUUCUGUUUGUUGCACUCUACGUUGGGCAUAAGAUUGCAUUCAGACCAUCAUUUGUGAAUUCACUUGAGGCGGAUCUUGAUACAGGUCGAUUGGAAUUUGAAGGUUCAAAUACGGCCUAG